AACCGAGGAUAAUGCGCCUCCUAACAUCAAUUCACCAAGAAGUGUUCCUUCGCAAAGUCUUUGCCUAAUUUCGCGUCAAUUAUGGGUGUGAAGCACGUUUGUUCGGAUUUAGGUGCUCCAGAAACUCGACAGACCAGUCAGGUCGAGAUUCCGCAGGAAGACCCGAUCUCGCCGCGAUACCAGAAUGGCACUGCGGAAGAGGCGCCAAAAGAGAAUGGAAAACCUGCUGACUAUGUCAGAAACGUCAGUCUAUCAGCCAGGCAUUCGGGAGUGUCCAAAAGCCAAAUGAAAGAGUUCAGGGAGGCCUUCAGGCUCUUCGACAAAGACGGAGACGGGAGCAUAACAAAGGAAGAACUAGGCAGGGUGAUGAGAUCCUUGGGGCAGUUCGCGCGCACCGAGGAACUCCAACAGAUGCUCCAGGAGGUAGACGUAGACGGCGAUGGUAACGUAAGUUUCGAGGAGUUCGUCGACAUCGCUUGGUCCGCAGGAGCUGGGUCAGACCCUGACCACAUUCUGUCGAGGGAAGAAGAAGAGAAAGAGCUGAGGGACGCGUUCAGGGUCUUCGACAAGCACAACAGGGGGUAUAUCACGGCUUCGGACUUGAGGGCUGUGCUGCAGUGUCUCGGAGAAGAUCUCUCGGAAGAAGAAAUCGAAGACAUGAUAAAAGAGGUAGACGUUGACGGCGACGGUCGCAUAGACUUCUACGAAUUCGUGAACGCUUUGGGUGAGCCCGGUACAGACGACAGCUACGACGAUGAGGACGAGGAAAUCAUCGGUUAUUAAAGAAAGAGUAUUCCUAUGAAUUUUCAGUGUCAUAUCCCACUUAAAAUAUAUCAUACUGGUGUUGCCAAAUAUCUAAUUGUACCAAAAACUUAGGAUAAGGCUAGCAUAUCUACUAUUUUACGUAAUUUUAAAGGCACGUGCGCAAGUGUUGAAUUGGCGUUCCGCAAGGAACAAUUUUGAGCCCGCUAGUAAUUGUAACGCGCAUUAAGGACCAUUACGCGUUGAAAUUAUGUUUCCAGGUUACCUGAUAGUAGACAACUGUUUUAUGGCUGUUCGUUGUUGUUUUAAAUAAAAAAAUUAUUAUAAAAAUAGUUCUAGAGUUAUACAAAAUGGAAUUGGAUUGUUACGUUUGUUUUAUAUUCACGCUUUGAAUGUAGUGACAUCUAUCUAGAUUGAAUAAAGAUAUAUAUUUA